CAUUCACCCGCUUACGCUAACCACACAGCUGCAGGGUUGUAGCAACGUUUGCAAAAAACGCGCACGUUCUGUGUCAAAUCAAUACGAAAUCAACAAAAAUCGAUAGAUUUUCGCGAUACAAGCGAGACAAAACGCGCGACAAAUUGAUAUUAUUUGCCAGCAACAUAAGUUGCGUAUAAAACGUGAAUUGCUCAAGCUCGCCUCUACAUCUAAUUUGCUGUGGAAAAUUUUUAGCUUUCGUCGCCGUCGCCGACAGAAAAAAAAUUUGCGCGUCGCACAAGUCUUGCAAACGCGUCUGUGUGUGUGUCUCCCCCUUUGUGUGUGCGUGUGCUUGUGUCCGUGUGCUUGCUGCUUGCGUGUGUUUGUGUGUAUGUGUCUCUGUGCCUGUGUGUGUUUGCGUCCGCGUGCAUCUCACGGCCUACAUUGUCAAUUAUAACGAAAAGUAUUGUGAUUAUUAGCCUAUUCCUAAUCAUAUUCUUACACUCGCUAAAAACUCCACAACGAGCUACAAAAUGUCCACUAGCAGCAGCAGCAGCAGCAACCGCGCUGUCGCCGUCAUCGAGCAGAACAAUAAAUGUGUUAGCAGCGCUGCGGCAGAGCUCUGCCCGCUGAGCAACUGCCAAUUUACGGGCGUCGUAAUCAGCGCCAUUGCCGACGAGCAGAAGCUCGAGUUCAACAAUAUAUACAAGAGCAGCUGUACGCUCAGCUGUAGCUAUGAUUCCCAAGGCGUCCUGCUGCGCAUUAUGCUGGACAACGAUCUGGGACGCGUGCUGAAGGAGUAUAUGAUAUCAGCGGAUACGGAUGCGGCGCAGCUGGGAAAACGCUGCUAUGCCAUCUCACUGGAUGCUGAGAAUCUUGUGCUGCGCUUUAGCAGUGAUCAGGAUCAGCUGCUCUUUCGCAAAGUCGUUGAGAAUGUGAAGCAUUUGCGGCCCAAGUCUGUGUUCUCGCAACGUACCGAAGAGUCCUCCGCAUCGCAGUACUUCCAGUUCUAUGGCUACCUCAGUCAGCAGCAGAACAUGAUGCAGGAUUAUGUCAGAACGAGCACCUAUCAGCGUGCCAUCCUAGGCAACUCCAUUGACUUUCAGGAUAAAAUUGUGCUGGAUGUGGGUGCUGGUUCGGGAAUUCUAUCGUUCUUUGCCGUGCAGGCCGGUGCUGCGAAGGUCUACGCUAUUGAGGCAUCGAAUAUGGCACAGUAUGCUCAGCAGUUGGUCGAGUCGAAUAAUGUGCAGCACAAGAUCUCAGUAAUUCCGGGCAAGAUUGAGGAAAUUGAACUGCCCGAAAAGGUAGAUGUCAUCAUAUCGGAGCCCAUGGGCUAUAUGUUAUACAACGAACGCAUGCUGGAAACUUAUCUGCAUGCGCGUAAAUGGCUGAAGCCACAUGGCAAAAUGUAUCCCACACAUGGCGAUCUGCACAUUGCACCAUUCUCGGACGAGUCGCUCUACUCGGAGCAGUACAACAAGGCCAACUUCUGGUAUCAAUCGGCCUUCCACGGUGUCGAUCUAACCACGCUCCACAAGGAGGGCAUGAAGGAAUACUUCCGUCAGCCGAUUGUCGACACCUUCGACAUACGCAUCUGUAUGGCCAAGUCGGUGCGACAUGUGUGCGACUUUCUCAAUGAUAAGGAGGACGAUUUGCAUGUCAUUGAUAUCCCGCUCGAGUUUCACAUACUGCAGACAGGCAUCUGCCACGGACUGGCCUUUUGGUUUGAUGUGGAGUUCAGCGGCAGCAGUCAACAUGUUUGGUUGUCCACAUCGCCCACAGCGCCGUUAACGCAUUGGUAUCAAGUACGCUGCCUGCUUCCCAUGCCAAUAUUCAUUAAGCAGGGCCAGACGUUGACGGGGCGUGUGCUCCUAGAGGCCAAUAGACGGCAGUCAUACGACGUGACCAUUGAUCUGCACAUCGAAGGGACAUUGAUAUCUUCCAGCAAUACACUCGAUCUUAAGAAUCCGUAUUUUCGGUACACGGGGGCGCCGGUGCAGGCUCCGCCGGGGACUAAUACACAGAGCCCUUCGGAACAGUACUGGUCGCAGAUGGACACGCAGGGAAACCGUAAUUGUAGCAACUAACAUGCUCAAUGGAACCCUGAAUGUGAAUGGAAUGGGAGAUGCUGGCAUGGACAUCACCCAUGGACUCAUGCAUCCGCACUAGGGGCUAAACAAGAUGAUAAUUCUAUAAUUUUGCUGGCAACAUUUUUCACGGCUAUAAACUGGAUUGAAACUAAUUUAGCGCAGUUUAUAUUUUACGGAUUUUUUUUUGUUAUUGAAUCUUAUUGAAAGUUUGCAUAUUCAUUUUAUUGGUAUUGAAUUGAUUUUAUGUUUUUUUAAUUUAUUUAUAUUCAAAUAGAUUGUGAAUUGUUUUAUGCUUAGCUCAUAAGCUGAGUGCUUCGAUCUUAAUGUACUAAAGAUAGUUCAAUCCACGCAUAGCUAUAUGUUAUUUGUAUUUUGGGUAUCAAAAGAUAAAGGAAUUGUCUAUAUAUUCGAAAUAGAAGAGUAUCGAAGUGAAAUCAUUGAAGAAUCGCAUAGAUAUCAACAAUCAAGGCAGACUAAUAAUGUAUGUAGUUGUUUAGAACAGCAGCAUAUAAUCGAUAAGCUAAUUUUAGCUCCUCUCCCCCCAAUAGCAUUUAGAGUUUUUAACGUAACUAUGUAUGUUAAUUAUAUAAUACGAGUAUCAUAUUAAAAAAUAAUCAAUGUAGAGAGCAACACUGCAGCUUCAGGAAGUUUAUUAUUAGUUAAUGCAUAUUGCAGUUUUCAAAAGCUUUGAACAAAUCAACAAAACAAUCCAAACAAUUGAAUCAAUUUUAAUAUCCCUGUAUCUAUGUAUAUUAUGUUAAGUAUAAAUAUCAUUGUAUUGUAUUUCAAUUAUUUCAUGUACCUCAAACGAUAUCGAAGAACCUAGUUUCAAUUCUAAAACACAUAUGUAUGUUAAAGUCAAUAUUCAAAUGGUUAUGCUUAGUUUUUUGAAAUUAUAACGAAUUGCUCAUAGAAUUUAGCUAUUAAGUUAUCAAUUAUUUAUAUAUUUAAUAGUCGUGCUGAGAGAUUAUACAUUUCUAUUUGAAA